AAUGAUUCGCCGUGCGUACUGCCACAUACCGGCCGGAGGUAGAACUGCAACAACAGACUCCAGCUGGCGGAAGGUCGCGCUCUCGGUCCCGACUACCACGGCGCGUGGCCAGCUCGCUUGCACAAACAGGAAGUUAUGUCAGGCCCCACGGAAACGCCGACGAGAAGAUGCUGAAGAAAAGUGCGGCGGCUCUCGCCGCUCUCGUCCUCGUCUUUGAGGUCAUGGCUGCAGUGGGAAGCCAUCGUAGCCGCUUGACUGGCUGCCAGACGCUCGGAUCCCCAUGCAACAUCAGCCUGAAUGACCACGACCUUCAGAAGUUUGUUCUCAUCGCUGCCCAGGCUUUCAACAACCAAACCAACGACGCCUUCCUCUUCAGACCAGCUGCCAUCUUGAGUGCUCAACGGCAGAUUGUGAAGGGACUUCACUACAUUGUGGAGCUGGAGCUUGCUAGAACUGUCUGUCCCAAACGCGCCCACAAGAAUCUGAAGCAGUGCGAUUUCCAACCUGCUGGAGCCCUGAGCCAGACGCUCCGCUGCCACGCAGACAUUUGGUGGAUUCCCUGGACUCACCGGCUGCAGACGCAAAUACACUGCCCAACUUGAGGCGCAGCGUGUCUCACUCACAGGUGUCCCACACGUGAAUGCUGAUGAAAUAAAAUGAAAAGCUGUGUUUGAUGAGUAUCAAUGCA